AGGCGGUGAGUGUCUUUGAGGCUGGACUGCAGGAAGCUUGCCGAGAGGCGCACUGACUCCACACGCGCAAGUGGAUGGAAACAGCCCAGUGCAAUGGAUAAAGUAAUCCGCGGUGCAGACAUCGAUGUCCUGUAAACUCGGGAAGGCAAGAGGAGAAGCGUGCAUGAGACAAGGGGAAUGAAGAGUAGAAGAAAGAGUUUUAAUGAAGAGUUGAAAAGAUUUUACAAAAAUGGCACGGAUUUGCUCUCUUGCAAAUGCGCAUUUUUCAAAGAUGACAUAGCACUUGAGAAAAUGGGAAUCCUCAAGGAACAGAACUCACUCACUACCUGAAUGAAAAGAGAAAAAGGGAUUCUACUUAGAUCGGGAGUUUAGUUUUUUUUGUUGUAUUCUUCUUUUACUUGACAAGCCUGGGUUGUAGGUGAACGGAGAGUGAAAUAUGAAUCUGGGCAAAGUACUUCUGUUUGUCCUCCUUCUAAAUUGUGUCACAAUGACUCUGUCGCUGUCCACUUGCACCACUGUGGACAUCGACCACAUCAAGAAAAAGAGAGUAGAGGCGGUCCGGGGACAAAUACUCAGUAAACUGCGGCUGACUAGUCCGCCCCAGACAACAGGUCCGAGUCAAGUGCCGUUUCAGGUUCUGGCCCUUUAUAACAGCACCAAGGAGCUAAUUGAGGAACUGGGGAGGAACAGGCAUCAGAGUUGUGGACAGGAUAACACGGAGACUGAAUACUAUGCCAAAGAGAUUUACAAGUUCAACAUGAUCACUGGGACGCCGGAAAACAAUGACCUCCCCUACUGCCCUAAGGGUAUCACCUCCAAGGUAUUCCGCUUCAACGUCUCGACCAUGGAGAAGAACUCCACAAACUUGUUCCGAGCCGAGUUUAGAGCCCUGAGGAUCCCCAAUUCCAGCGCCAAGAAAAACGAGCAGAGGAUUGAGCUCUACCAGAUCCUCCAGAAAGACGACCCCAAAGCCAAACAGCGCUAUAUUGGGGGGAAGAACGUUCUGACCAAGGGAACUCCUGAGUGGGUCUCCUUUGAUGUGACAGAGACAGUUAGGGAGUGGCUGAUGUACAGACAGACCAAUCUCGGGCUGGAGAUCAGCGUGCACUGUCCCUGCCACACCUUUAGGCCUAAUGGUGACAUCAUCGAGAACGCCAAUGAGGUUCUUGAAGUCAAGUUCAGAGGUAUGGAAGCUGACUAUGACGAUGUAAGCCGUGUGAAGAAACAAAAGGAGCAGCUGUACCCCCACCUUAUCCUCAUGAUGCUCCCACCCCACAGGCUAGAUGCCCAGUCUUCCUCCCGCAGGCGCAAGAGGGCACUUGACACCAAUUACUGCUUCAACAAUUACGAGGAGAACUGCUGUGUGAGACCACUAUAUAUUAACUUCCGGCAGGAUUUGGGCUGGAGGUGGAUCCAUCAGCCUGAAGGGUACUACGCUAACUUCUGCUCCGGUCCUUGUCCUUACCUCCGCAGCGCUGACACCACACACAGCUCGCUGCUGAGUCUCUACAACACCUUGAACCCCGAAGCAUCCGCCUCACCCUGCUGUGUACCUCAGGACUUGGAGCCCCUCACCAUCCUCUACUACGUGGGACGCUCCCCAAAAGUCGAGCAGCUCUCCAACAUGGUUGUAAAGUCCUGCAAGUGCAGCUAGACUUCAGGGCUUUCAGGGCCUGACGAGAGAUAUGGGAUGUGACUUCUACCGGCACUACUCAGGAGUGGGUACGAGGGGUUGUUCCAGUUCAUUCUCCAAAACCCCUGCUUCAACCUCCACCUGAGCUCUCAUGAUUAAAAAAACAAAAACUUGCAAAAAAACAAAAACAAAGAUGCAGACCACCGCUCAGCUACAUAAUUAUGGCAGCGUUUGCCAAGAAGACUCAUCAAACACCACUUCACUAACAGUGCCCUCAAAUCCAUCAGACCUCAUCGCAGUCGCUUUUUCUCGUGUUGUCAUUUUCCAGCAUUAAGAACAGCACGUACCUCAAUGUUGGCAUUCAAGGCAUGUUGUCACUAAAAGAGGAAAAGAGCAGCAAUCCUGCAAUGACCACUGCAUUCUUAAAGACAUCUAA